UUGACUUCAUACAUUUGUUCAAUUGACUGACUUGGGAUUUUUCUAUAAAGAUCAGGCGACUUCCAAGUUUCCUAAUCAAACAAAGAUUGUCUGAUCUUUUUAUAUUGCGCCUCCUCCACACACACCAAGCAAUUCUUCACCAAGUUCUCUUUGCCCAAAUACAAACAGAGGCAUGAUUAAUGCUCUCGACUCUAUGAAUAUCUGUCAAGUGUUGCUACUCACUCUUGUCUUAUUUCUGACGAUGAUUAGCAAUGUUGAGUCGAGCAGUCAACGGUGCAUUCCUUCAUCUUGUGGUGAUGUUCGUAAUAUAAGCUUCCCAUUUCGACUGAAGAGUCAUCAGAGGGGAUGUGGUAUAUCGAAAUUCGAGCUGGCUUGUGAAGAUAAUCGCACUAUUCUAAACUUCCUUAAUGGUCAAUACUAUGUGCAGUUUAUCAAUUAUACCGGACAACAAAUCAGAUUGGUUGACAACGGGCUGCAAAGAGAUAACUGCUUGUCUCUCCCCCAUCAUUCAUUGUCAUUGUAUGACUUUCAUAGAGUUUCCACUCUAGACAACCCAUACAGCAGCCUGUCCUACAAGAAUAUAUCGGUCAUUGUGAACUGCUCAAAACCGGUUAGUUCUCCAUUUUACAUCGCUACUGAUCCAUGCAUUGAGGGGUCAUACUCUACCAACACAUCAUCGAAUUGGAACUUGUAUGCUUUGGUCAAUCCAAAUGUAUCGGAUGUUAGGGAUUUUUGCACCAUUAGUAGUUGGACAUGGGCGUCACAAGAUUUUGGGGGUGGCCAGGCUCAUAAUAGCUCUCUCAACUACAGGCAAAUCCAAAACAUCAUGGCUGAUGGAUUCGUUCUCAACUAUCAUAUAUUUUCAUGGAAGAAAACUUCCUUUUACUACUAUGAUAUCUAUAACUACUUACAUCUCUAUCGCUACUUUUUUUCCAAGCGCUUAUAUGUUAGCUACUGCGGGGGAGGUCAGUUUUGUGCAUCCACGUACUAUUAUGGUGGUGUCCUAGAUGAUAUUGCAUUUUGGACAACUUGGGAUUUACUAGUACUAUUAAUUGUUUUUUGUGUAGUGAAAUUCAUAAUCGGGAUGCCAUUUGUUGCGAUAUUUCUGAUCUACAAGUAUAGAAGAAGGCACAUAGCAAUGGACAAGAACAUUGAAGAAUUCUUGCAGGCUCAUAACAACUUUUUGCCCAUAAGGUACUCUUACUCGAAUAUCAAGAAGAUCACCAGAAAUUUUAAGCACAAAUUAGGUGAAGGGGGUUAUGGUCAUGUGUACAAAGGAACGCUGAGAAGCGGCAACGAGGUAGCCAUCAAGAUUUUAAAGCAAUCCAAGGCCCAUGGCCAAGAUUUUAUUAGUGAAGUAGCUACUGUUGGAAGAAUUCACCACGUUAAUAUAGUGCAACUCAUUGGUUUUUGCUUUGAAGGCUCAAAACAGGCUCUUGUGUAUGACUUCAUGUCAAAUGGAUCUUUAGAUAAGCGUAUUUUCACAAAGGAAGGUGAUAAGUUUCUUGAUUAUAAGAAAAUAUACGAGAUUGCUCUUGGGGUGGUGAGGGGGAUUGAAUAUUUACAUCGGGGGUGUGAUAAGCAAAUACUCCACUUUGAUAUCAAACCUCACAACAUUCUUUUAGAUAAGAAUUUCUUGCCGAAAAUUUCUGAUUUUGGACUCGCGAAACUUUAUCCCAUUGAUCAUAGCAUAGUUUCAAUGACUGCUGCAAGAGGAACUUUGGGAUAUAUGGCACCUGAGUUGUUCUACAAAACCCUCGGUGGUGUAUCUUAUAAAGCAGAUGUCUAUAGCUUUGGGAUGUUGCUCAUGGAAAUGGCAGGUAGAAGGAAAAAUUUAAAUGCAAAUGCGGAACAUUCAAGCCAAAUUUAUUUUCCGUUGUGGGUAUAUGACCACAUCAAUGAAGGAGAAAGUGUUGAAAUGGAUGAAAUUGUAGGAGAGGAAAGGGAGGUGAUGAAAAAGAUGAUAAUAGUUGCACUUUGGUGUAUACAAUUAGUUCCUGACCAUCGGCCUCCAAUGAACAAAGUCUUAAAAAUGCUUGAAAGAGAUAUUGGUAAUAUUCAAAUGCCUCCAAAACCGCUUAUUUACCCACCAAAUGAGCGAAUUGGCAACGACAUAGUUGAAAUGGAAUUAGAAACAUUUUCAACUUCCUCAAGUACUCCCAUAAUUUCCCCUAGUUUUCCAUUUGGAGAUAGUACUGGUGUUUAGAACCACGCAUAGUUUAAUUGGAAAAGCUUUGUUCCCCACAACGUAGUAUUAUGUUGGGAGGGAGGUGAGCUAGUUUAGUGUCCUAGUGAUUACAUUUCAUCUUCUUCUAGUUCUUAGCUUACUGUUGUGAUAUUUGUACUUUUUUUUUUUUUUUUUCGGUCGGAGUGUUAUUGUACUUCAUGUAUAGUUUCACCAUGUGUGGUCCAUACAAUCUUUUAUAUGGGAUGUAACCGUGUUUAGGAAGUGUAUUCUAUAUGUUCAUCCAAUGUGAAGUCUAGCUAAUUCAGUUAAUCAUCUAUAAACCAAAUCACCCGUUUUCUGUAGAAUAUUCAUCAAAGAGGGCUGCAAAACGCGCCAUCUUA